AUGUCUGUUUCCUUCUACAGAACUCUCAGAAACAUCUGGCGUAACGGACUCGUGCGUUCCGGGCGUCAAAUCGCAUACAUGAAUGACACGAAGUCGGGCAAGCUCGUUGGCGAAGACGAUUUCGGCAACAAGUACUACGAGACAGACGACCCAAUGGAGAUCCACAUGAGAACCAGAUGGGUCGAGUACAAGGACUUUUGGAGACCAGACGCCUCCCACUCGGAGCCGGGCUGGCACUACUGGUUGGCGUACGGUACGGACACUCCACCGAAUGCGCUCAAGCCAGAGGAGAAGGCCGUCAGACAUCUAGUGCCUGAAGCACACCACCCAAUCAACUGGACGUACACCAAGGGCGCCUUUGUUCCGUACAACACGGCGAAACCUAAGUUCGAGUCCUGGGAGUCCAAGGUGGCGCCAAGAGCAUGA